AUGUCAAGUAACUCGAAGCAAUGUUUGAUAACAGCACUUGCCACGGAGUCAGGUUACGAGUACAAGCUGAUCGGAGACCUCCUGCAAAAUUAUGACCUUCGUGUUCGACCUUCAGUAAGCCACGCCCUCUCCCUGAAUGUCACGUUUGGAUUGGCUCUUGCCCAAAUAAUUGACGUGGACGAAAAGAAUCAAAUUAUAACGACGAAUUGUUGGCUGAACCAGGCUUGGAUUGACGCAAAGUUAAGGUGGGCGUCGGAUGAUUAUGGAGGCAUUAAAGUCAUAAGGUUGCCGUUUGAGAGUGUCUGGAGGCCAGAUAUUGUCCUUUGUAACAAUGCCGACGUAUCGGCCUACAAAUCUUCCAUCAGCACGAACGUCAUCGUGACGUCAGACGGUAACGUCACGUGGUUGUCCAUGGUUAUCUUCAAAAGUUCCUGUGCGGUUGACGUCAAAUACUUCCCAUUCGACGAACAGAACUGCACCAUGCUCUUCUCCUCCUGGACCUAUGACACCUACCAACUGAAUCUGCUUCUGGUGGACGACAGCGGCGACGUUUCGAACUACAUACCGAACAGCGAGUGGACGCUAGUGAAGCUGCACGUGAGGCGAGAGGUGACCUUCUAUUCGUGCUGUGAGGAGCCCUACAGCCACAUCAAUUACACCAUUCAGAUUCGUAGAAAACCUCUUUUCUACGUUUUCAACAUGAUCCUUCCGUGUCUCAUCAUCACAUUGGUGGCUUUGUUGGGAUUUUACAUACCCUCUGACUCUGGGGAAAAAGUGACCAUGGGAAUAACGACUUUAUUAUCGAUGACAGUUUUUUUGAUGCUGGUGGCUGAAAACAUGCCUCCCACUUCUGACGUCCUACCGCUUGUCGGUCUAUACUAUGGAAUAACGAUCGUGAUUGUUUCAAUGGCAACGGCCAUGACAGCCUUUACCUUGAACAUCCACCAUGUCGGCUACGAGGGGUACCCCGUCCCCAAGUAUCUCAAGGUCCUCUGCUUCCAAAUUCUGGCACCCAUUCUCUGCAUGAACCUC